CUUAUCUACUUUGAAGAGCUAGUAAAAUGAUUUAAAAUGAUACUUAGACAGGUUAGCCUAGCUAAACAGGAUGACUACAGACAGCUCUGCAGUAUAUUUAGGCAGGUUAGCCUAGCUAAACAGGAUGACUACAGACAGCUCUGCAGUAUAUUUAGGCAGGUUAGCCUAGCUAAACAGGAUGACUACAGACAGCUCUGCAGUAUAUUUAAGCAGGUUAGCCUAGCUAAACAGGAUGACUACAGACAGCUCUGCAGUAUAUUUAGGCAGGUUAGCCUAGCUAAACAGGAUGACUACAGACAGCUCUGCAGUAUAUUUAGGCAGGUUAGCCUAGCUAAACAGGAUGACUACAGACAGCUCUGCAGUAUAUUUAGGCAGGUUAGCCUAGCUAAACAGGAUGACUACAGACAGCUCUGCAGUAUAUUUAGACAGGUUAGCCUAGCUAAACAGGAUGACUACAGACAGCUCUGCAGUAUAUUUAGGCAGGUUAGCCUAGCUAAACAGGAUGACUACAGACAGCUCUGCAGUAUAUUUAGGCAGGUUAGCCUAGCUAAACAGGAUGACUACAGACAGCUCUGCAGUAUAUUUAGGCAGGUUAGCCUAGCUAAACAGGAUGACUACAGACAGCUCUGCAGUAUAUUUAGACAGGUUAGCCUAGCUAAACAGGAUGACUACAGACAGCUCUGCAGUAUAUUUAGACAGGUUAGCCUAGCUAAACAGGAUGACUACAGACAGCUCUGCAGUAUAUUUAGGCAGGUUAGCCUAGCUAAACAGGAUGACUACAGACAGCUCUGCAGUAUAUUUAGGCAGGUUAGCCUAGCUAAACAGGAUGACUACAGACAGCUCUGCAGUAUAUUUAGACAGGUUAGCCUAGCUAAACAGGAUGACUACAGACAGCUCUGCAGUAUAUUUAGGCAGGUUAGCCUAGCUAAACAGGAUGACUACAGACAGCUCUGCAGUAUAUUUAGACAGGUUAGCCUAGCUAAACAGGAUGACUACAGACAGUACAGUAGGGGGAGAACAUAAUGUUAGAUGGCCUGGCGGACUGACUGUUACUGCCUGAGAUGAGAUGAUGACUUUAAGGAAUACAAAAAUGAUAAAGUCAUCAUAUAAAAACAAAGUAAUAUACUCAACUGAAAUAUAUUAAUAUUUGAUAGUAAUUUCCUAUUUUUCUAUUCAAUUUGGCAAUUGAAUGUUCACCGUUUUUUACUUUGGAAUUUCCAUUAAAAAGCUCUACAAUCAUUUUAAUGUCAUUAUUUCACAAUGCAUUUAAAUAUUUACCAAAAAAUUGAAACCGAAAUCAAAAACCGUGAUAAUUUUAUGGGCCCCGGAACUGAACCUGAGCCUCAAAAAGCACUAAUUGCAACCAAUAGGACAUGGGAGCAUAGAUGAUAGUUUUCAGAGUAAUUUGAACCUUUUACUCAACGUUAUUAUAUGAACUUCCACACCUGCUUAGAAACAAUGAACGUGUGUAUGUACUUUCACUGUUUCCUAUUUUAUGUGAGACGUUAAACUGAUCUGCCAUUUUGGAUCUCUGCUCCACAAUAUUAGUCUCUCUUGGGCCUCCUUAAUGGUACAGCAACCCAAUGUCUCUGUGUGAAACUCCCCACAUUUUGGUUCUCUGGACCGCCAUCCAGUCUCAAAAAAAAAAAGUGCUAUCCAGAACCUAAAAGGGUUAUUCUGCUUUUCCCAAGAGGAGUACACUUUGAAGAACCCUUUUUGGUUCCAGGUAGAAGACCCCUUGUUAAUCCAAUUUCUCCGUGUGAAACUCCUCACUGAUCCACCAUUUGUUUUUCCUUCCC